UCUUGGUGGAUGCUAUGAAUAGGGGAUUGCGUGAUGCCAAUGGGUCACUUAGCAAACAAAAUGUAGAACGAAUAAUACUUCCUCAACUCAAUGCAAAAACUAAAUUCCCUAAAACUUAUAGUCAUUAUUUGAGUCGGAUGAAGUGGUUUCGAAACCAGUAUAACAUGAUGUCAACCCUUAUGCGCAACAACUCUGGCUUUGGAUGGGACCCAAUUGGAAAAACUUUCACUGCUCAUGAGGAUGUAUGGAAAGAUUACUUAAAGUCCCACCCAAGUCACAGCAAACUUCGAGGAAAAAAUAUGGUUGAUUAUGAGUAUUUGAAGAUCGUUGUUGGGGGUGGAGUUUCUAGCGGGAAUAAUUCUAUAUCAGUCGAUCCAGAUGAUACUGAUGCAACAACUUUUGAGCCAGAAAAUAGAACUGUUGGGAUAGAAAAAUUUUCAUAUGAUCCUAAUAGUGAUACAUUCAUAACACCAAAUAACUAUGAACCAGCAUAUCAGCCUCCAUCACCAAACCAACCAAGUCCACCAUCCCACCCCCCUUUAGAUUCAGAGGUUCCCAUAGAAAAACAAAACUGUCACAAGCGAAGGAGAUCCGAGUAUGGAGGGAGUUCAAGCGCUGUUGGGAUCAACAAUCAAGGCAACGUUCUGGAAAAUCUUUCUGUUGGCAUUGGGACUAUUGCUGUGAAUUUUGAAAAAAUAUCCAACAUGAUGGAGAAAAGAGAAAAAGAUAGAGAUAGAGAUAGAGAGCUCGAGGGUAUUAUUUGGGAUGUUAUAAAAGAAAUUCCAAAUUUGGAUGACAUAACGCGUUUCAAGACAGCUGAAUUGUUAAAUACUAAAGCAAAAAAGGAUUUUUUCUUGAAGAUGUCACUGGAAGAACGCUCAUCUCGGAUAAACUUUAAGUUAGGGAAUAAUUAAUAUUUUGAUCAUCUAUUAUUAACAUAUUAUUUUAAACAUCGUGAGUUUGUUGAACUAUAUCUUUUGGGUCUCUAUUUUGGUUGAAGUAUUUGGUUUGUUUUUUGGUCGAACUAUUAUGGUUGUAUUUUGGUUGAAAUAUUUGGUUUG